UUACAGAACUAUAACAUCGGUAAGAUAACGUUUAAUUUAUUUCCCCUGUCAUGUCAAGGUGCCACCGGAGUAGCAGUAUAAAUAGGCGCGAUGGCAUGGCAAACAGUAGCAAUAAUUUGUUUUGAUCAAAAGUUGAUGUCUACAAAUAUGGGAGGCAUAAAUCUUUUGUUGCCCUUAUUGGUCAUCGGGCCGAUGAUCGCAAUAGCUACAGCAAAUCCCUUUAGCCAUGUCAACGAUUGUCGCAACCAAGCCGAUGGCGCUUAUCUCAUUGAUCCCCGUAGCUGUUCGCACUAUUACAUCUGUUACCAGGGUCAACGUUACCGUCAACGCUGUCCCAGUGGCCUAUUCUAUGAUGAUCACACCCGAAUGUGUAACAUUGCCGGUCUGGUCAAGUGUGCCCAAUUGAAACGUAUUGCGCUUCGAUUGAAUGAAUAUUCCAGCAUGGAAAGGGAUGUGUCGUCGGAAGGCGGAGCUGCCAGAGAAAAUUGCAAAACAACAACUCCGGCUCCUUGUCAUCCUGAAGUUGUGACAACAACGACUCCGUGUCACGCUCAACCACCACGUAGCACUACAACAACUCCAUGCCAUUCGGAGCCACCAUCCUCGACAACAACAACUCCCCAAAAUCCACCGUCCUCCACCACAACAACUCCAUGCCAAACUGAACCACCAUCCUCCACGACCACAACUCCCCAAAAUCCACCGUCCUCCACCACAACAACUCCAUGCCAAACUGAACCACCAUCCUCCACGACCACAACUCCCCAAAAUCCACCGUCCUCCACCACAACAACUCCAUGCCAAACUGAACCACCAUCCUCCACGACCACAACUCUCCAAAAUCCACCGUCCUCCACCACAACAACUCCAUCGACCACAACUCCCCAAAAUCCACCGUCCUCCACCACAACAACUCCAUCGACCACAACUCCCCAAAAUCCACCAUCCUCCACGACCACAACUCCCCAAAAUCCACCAUCCUCCACGACCACAACUCCCCAAAAUCCACCGUCCUCCACCACAACAACUCCAUGCCAAACUAAACCACCAUCCUCCACGACCACAACUCCCCAAAAUCCACCGUCCUCCACCACAACAACUCCAUGCCAAACUGAACCACCAUCCUCCACGACCACAACUCCCAAAAAUCCACCGUCCUCCACCACAACAACUCCAUGCCAAACUAAACCACCAUCCUCCACGACCACAACUCCCCCAAAUUCCGAGCCACCAUCCUCCACUACAACAACUCCCCAAAAUCCACCGUCCUCCACGACCACAACUCCAUGCCAUCCUGAGCCACCAUCCACCACGACCACAACUCCCCAAAAUCCACCGUCCUCCACCACAACAACUCCAUGCCAAACUGAACCACCGUCCUCCACGACCACAACUCCCAAAAAUCCACCGUCCUCCACCACAACAACUCCAUGCCAAACUAAACCACCAUCCUCCACGACCACAACUCCCCAAAAUCCACCGUCCUCCACCACAACAACUCCAUGCCAAACUAAACCACCAUCCUCCACGACCACAACUCCCCAAAAUCCACCGUCCUCCACGACCACAACUCCCCAAAAUCCACCGUCCUCCACCACAACAACUCCAUGCCAAACUGAACCACCAUCCUCCACGACCACAACUCCCCAAAAUCCACCGUCCUCCACCACAACAACUCCAUGCCAAACUAAACCACCAUCCUCCACGACCACAACUCCCCAAAAUCCACCGUCCUCCACGACCACAACUCCCCAAAAUCCACCGUCCUCCACCACAACAACUCCAUGCCAAACUGAACCACCAUCCUCCACCACCACAACUCCCCAAAAUCCACCAUCCUCCACGACCACAACUCCCCAAAAUCCACCGUCCUCCACCACAACAACUCCAUGCCAAACUAAACCACCAUCCUCCACGACCACAACUCCCCAAAAUCCACCGUCCUCCACCACAACAACUCCAUGCCAAACUGAACCACCAUCCUCCACGACCACAACUCCCCAAAAUCCACCGUCCUCCACCACAACAACUCCAUGCCAAACUAAACCACCAUCCUCCACGACCACAACUCCCCCAAAUUCCGAGCCACCAUCCUCCACUACAACAACUCCACAAAAUCCACCGUCCUCCACGACCACAACUCCAUGCCAUCCUGAGCCACCAUCCACCACGACCACAACUCCCCAAAAUCCACCGUCCUCCACCACAACAACUCCAUGCCAAACUGAACCACCAUCCUCCACGACCACAACUCCCCAAAAUCCACCGUCCUCCACCACAACUACUCCAUGCCAAACUGAACCACCAUCCUCCACGACCACAACUCCCCAAAAUCCACCGUCCUCCACGACCACAACUCCCCAAAAUCCACCGUCCUCCACGACCACAACUCCCAAAAAUCCACCGUCCUCCACCACAACAACUCCAUGCCAAACUAAACCACCAUCCUCCACGACCACAACUCCCCAAAAUCCACCGUCCUCCACCACAACAACUCCAUGCCAAACUGAACCACCAUCCUCCACGACCACAACUCCCCAAAAUCCACCGUCCUCCACGACCACAACUCCCCAAAAUCCACCGUCCUCCACCACAACAACUCCAUGCCAAACUGAACCACCAUCCUCCACGACCACAACUCCCCAAAAUCCACCGUCCUCCACGACCACAACUCCCCAAAAUCCACCGUCCUCCACCACAACAACUCCAUGCCAAACUAAACCACCAUCCUCCACGACCACAACUCCCCAAAAUCCACCAUCCUCCACGACCACAACUCCCCAAAAUCCACCGUCCUCCACCACAACAACUCCAUGCCAAACUAAACCACCAUCCUCCACGACCACAACUCCCCAAAAUCCACCGUCCUCCACCACAACAACUCCAUGCCAAACUGAACCACCAUCCUCCACGACCACAACUCCCCAAAAUCCACCGUCCUCCACGACCACAACUCCCCAAAAUCCACCGUCCUCCACCACAACAACUCCAUGCCAAACUAAACCACCAUCCUCCACGACCACAACUCCCCAAAAUCCACCGUCCUCCACGACCACAACUCCCCAAAAUCCACCGUCCUCCACCACAACAACUCCAUGCCAAACUAAACCACCAUCCUCUACGACCACAACUCCCCAAAAUCCACCGUCCUCCACCACAACAACUCCAUGCCAAACUGAACCACCAUCCUCCACGACCACAACUCCCCAAAAUCCACCAUCCUCCACGACCACAACUCCCCAAAAUCCACCGUCCUCCACCACAACAACUCCAUGCCAAACUGAACCACCAUCCUCCACGACCACAACUCCCCAAAAUCCACCGUCCUCCACCACAACAACUCCCCGAAAUUCCGAGCCACCAUCCUCCACGACCACAACUCCAUGCCAUCCUGAGCCACCAUCCUCGACUACAACAACUCCCCAAAAUUCUGAACCACCAUCUUCCACCACCACAACUCCAUGCCAUCCUGAGCCCCCAGUGACUACAACAACAACUCCAUGUCAUCCUAGAACUACAACUCCCUGUCACCAGACCACAACACCCUGUCCUCAGAGUAAACAAAAUCGAAAAAAGGUUUCUUCCACUUUAAGGGCCAGAUCUGGUAAAAUAACCUCCCGACGAAACCAGCAUCCAAUCUGCGUGGGACAGGCCCAUGGAUCUUUGGUACGUGAUCCCAAUGACUGUGGCAAAUUCCACGCCUGCCUCGACGGAAGAAGUGUAGAAUUUAACUGUCCCGCUAAUCUCUACUUCGAUGAGACCAAGAUGGUUUGCAACUUCCGAAAUAUGGUCAAAUGUGACAUCGGCAACAAAUAGAUUGGUCUGCAGCAAAAAAUUUCAAAAUAAAAUAUCUAAAGCAUCGUAAAUUGUGAAU